AUGCCUCCUAAAAAGCGUGACAAAGAUAGUGAAACAAAUAAAAACUCUAAAAUAGACCACUUACAAGCUGAUCAUGAAUUGUUUUUACAAGCUUUUGAAAAACCAACUCAAAUAUAUAGAUUUUUACGGACGCGUAAUAUGUUAUCGCCGAUAUUUCUAAAUAGAACAUUAUCAUAUAUGAAACGAAGGAUGUCUAGAAGCAAUAAAAGUCGAAUCGGUUUCAAAGUAGACUCUUUGUUAGAAAAAAUUACACUUAAAAAAAGUACGGAAAUACAGCCUAACAGUUUAGGCGGCUAUAUGACGCUUACAUUUUUAGGGUUUUAUGACAAAAGCUUGGAUGACCCCAGGGAUUAUCAUGUUAAAGUUGAGACAUUAUUAUUAAAAAUUUGUCACAAGAAAAGGAAAGAAAGUUCAUCUGCAAUAUUUGAAGUAUCUGUUGGUAGUUGUUCAGUACCACUUAACCCUUCAACAUCAGAACCUCCUGCCAUGGCAUCAGCUGUUAGUAUCUCCAGUGAUACCUUUAGUCCUUCUCAAGGACCUAAUGUAAAAUCAUACAUGCUUAUGCUAAGAGUUACUGUAACAAAGGCAACAGGCAGCAGUAGUACAAAUGGGGCUACAAGCUCCACGGAAAUAACAAAUGGUGACAGUGAUGAACCAUUGAUAAAACGUCUAAAAUCCUCUUCGGAACACUUGAACUCUACAACUGAAAAUAAAUGGAGCAAGCUUUAUGGCAGUGAAUUGAUUGUCUAUGACAAGCAUAACCGCUGCCUUUUAACAAACGGUGAAUAUGAUUUGGUGCUACAUGAUGCUACUCCUGGUGGUAGAAGUGCCACUAUUGCAAGAUCUCCCCAUAAAGCUCUAAUGGCGCAAUGGGAAACUAUACCAAAUGAAAAAGACUUGCAUUCAGAAACAAACCCAUUUGACAUAUUCAAAGUAAGACCACUACUAAAACUUAAGCUAAGCUGGAGUCAAGAACCAACAAAUGGAUUAGUUAAUCGACCAAAAUUAUACCAACAAUCAAGUGACAUGAAUGGCGUGAAGAAAGAUGGUUCGAAUAAAGAGAGGCUAUCCACACAAAAACACGAUGUUAAAAACAGCGACAAAUCAAAGGGCGAGUCCAGUGAAGCCGAUGGCAAGAGGCAGCAGAUCAUCUACCAGUUCCUGUACAACAACAAUUCACGGCAGCAGACGGAGGCUUGCGACGACCUGCACUGUCCGUGGUGCUCCCUCGACUGUGGCGCCCUCUACUCGCUACUGAAACACCUCAAACUUUGCCACUCGCGGUUCAACUUCACUUAUUUCCCGAUUCCGGGCGGCGCGCGCAUCGACGUGUCGAUAAACGAGCUGUACGACGGAUCGUACACGGGGUCGCCGCACGACCUGAUCGCGGCGCAGGGGCGCGGCGCGGGCGCCGGGCCGCGCGCCGGCCCCACGCGCCGCGCCGCGCUCACGCGCGUGCUCGUGUGCCCCCGCCCCCGGCCCCGCGCCCGCCGCCACAGCCUCGCCGAGUUCCUCGAGCCGGACGACGCGGACGCGGACGCGCAGCGCCCCUACAUCACCGGACACAACCGACUUUACCAUCACACCAUCACUUGUCUGCCUGUCUAUCCAAACGAAUUGGACAUAGACUCGGAGAGCGAAACGGACCCGCUAUGGCUGCAACAGAAAACUAUGAUGAUGAUCGAUGAGUUCACGGAUGUGAACGAAGGAGAGAAGGAACUCAUGAAAAUGUGGAACCUUCAUGUUAUGAAGUACAACUAUGUGGGCGACUGCCAGAUACCGCUCGCUUGCCAAAUGUUCCUGCAAAUGAAAGGCAAAGAGCUGCUCGAGAAGAACCUUUACAGAAAUUUCAUACUGCAUAUGUGUUCAUUGCACGAUUUUGGACUACUAAGCCCAGUCGCUUUAUACCAAACUGUACAAAUGCUCAACCAAAUGCUGGCGGACAACGCCGAAGCCAAAGAAAAAAUGCGCCAAUCGCUCAAAGCGCAACGGGAACACUGGAAUGCGAUUGGGAAAUAUCAACAGCCUGUGAUCAUCGAGCAAAAACCACAAACCACCACCGCAAAGUUAAAUAAUGUAGAAGCGUCGCCGUCAGUUCGUAGAAAAACAUCUAACCUCCAAAAUGCCAAUAGAAUGGCUAGCACAAGUUCCAACUUUAACAAGUCUUCAAGUCCAGGGCCCAAUAACAGUGAAUCCAAAAGAAAAAUGUCCUCCGGCAGUAUACAAAGCCGCAAACGAUCGUCUAUAUCAGAGAGAAAAAGUUCCGUAUAG